CGUCACAGGCUUUCCUUGUCUCGCUUGCGACACCCAGAAAAUUGGAAAACAAAACUGAAAAAAAGUUUGAGAAUUUUAGUUGAUGAAAAUGUCCAAGUAAAUGAAACCCAAGUGCUGGGUUCUCACUAAGAAGCUGAAAAUGUUUUUUUUCUUUUUCACUUUUAGAAGCAGAAAGUUAUUAGCUUUAGUUGAAAAAAAAGGGUCUGGUUAUUGAUGUUAAGUCCACUAUUUUUUAAGUAAAUUUACACGUACACAUGUACUUGGGUUUUCAACUUGGGGGUUAAACUAAAUCAUUUGAUUAUUAGAAAUGGCUUACGAAAAAUGGUGUCGUUCUACAAUGUUUCCUUCUUCCUCCAACUUUUCGUCAAGCGAAGUGUUCGAUAAAAUGCUUCACUGAUGAAAAAUGAUUUAUAAUAAGAAUGGAAAUCAAAGAUGAUGAAGUGAAGAAGGCGCAAGUCGUGGAAGCCAGGGCAAGAAAUAUCAGCCACAACGUGCGAUGUACAGAAUGUGGGAGUCAGUCUAUUGAAGAUUCACAAGCAGAUAUCGCAAUUCUCCUCAGAAAGUUAAUUCGUGAUGAGAUUCGAGCUGGAAAGAGUGACAAAGAGAUUUAUAAAAAGCUUGAAGAGGAUUACGGUGAGACGGUACUUUAUGCCCCAAAGUUUGAUCUGCAGACUGCAGCCUUGUGGCUAUCACCGCUGCUUGUUGCAGGUGCUGCUGGUGGUAUGUGGGCUUACAAUAAACACAGACAAAAGACUAACGUGCACAUCAUGGCUUUGAAUCUUGUUAGAGGUGUUCCACUGACCCCAAAGGAGAAGGAAACUAUGCUAGACUUGCUCACACCUCCUCCUCCACAAGGUGUUACUCCUUCCUCCUUGUGGAGUCGAUGGCGAGGUUGGUGAUGGGUUUUUUUCCUAUCUUUUCCUUGAUGGACCUUGAAGUUUCUUUCAUUGGUGAAUAAUCUCAUAUAGUGACCAGGGUGAGAUAAUCGGAACAGAUGCAAAUAUAAUAUAAUUCCAAUAAUCAACUAUAGGCCUGACUUGUGUUUUUUAUACCCUAUCUUUUCUGUAAAGAUAAAAUGCAAUUUCACUUUAAUAAUAGUAUAACUUUUGAUGUUAA